AAAAGUUACUUAGGUAAACAAUAUGGCGGCUAGUGGAGGGAAGUGGCGAAUUUUCUGUCGAGUUUCUUUGGCAGUCUUAUUUCUCGUGAUUCUGAAUUGUGAACUCAUUUACACAACAAAACCAACAAUAGCUGUUAAAGAAUCGAAGCCUCUUACAUGGGAUUGCACAGAUAACAACGGUGCAGUUGUUGGACAUGAAGCAACAUGGCCUACAUCAACAGGUUCCUGUGAUAAGAAUAAAUGUUGGCAUGGAACGCUCAAGAAAUUUGUCCUUACAUACAGUUGCCCUUCAUUGAAAUCGGGUGAGAACCCUGACACAGAUAACUGCUUUGAGACGUCCAAUUCAGCUCUUAGCUUCCCAGAUUGCUGUCCAACUCUUACCUGCAAUUCCUCCGCUCCACUGACAACUUUAGCCCCAACAGCCUGCUAUGACUUGGGGUCAGACUUUGCCUGUAGCGUGUGGUCCAACAUGACCGCAGGCUGUGUCAGUGGGACGGACGGGUACGGGGACAGGAUAUACAACUACACGGUCGUCUACUGUAGAAAGACUUGUAGGUUUUGUUAAACAAAACACUCAUCAAGUGACAGAGGGAUAAACAUGUAUUGUGCUCUGUCCAGGAUAUUGUAAUAUUGUACAAUCAAUUCUAUAAUCACCCUCACAACAUUAAUACACAUAUUAACCAAAUGAAUUUCAUAGCAAACAUUUUGUACUUUUAUAAUAUUCAUUUGUUUUUCUUGUCAUUAUUCCAAUACUUUGUAUAUUCAAACUCUGUAUGUUAAGCAGGUUAAUUGCAUUCAAUCAAACCAAAAGACCAAAAACUGUAAAAUUUUGUAAAUAUUCAGGGAGUAAAUUAAAUAUGUAGCUUGUGAUAAUUUUUGCAGGUAUUAAGACUUGUAACAAAAAUUUUUGUUUUUUUUACCAGAAGCUAUUUCUUUUCAUGAUGAUUUUGCAAAUCUGAAGUUAUUUUAAAAUUUGAAAAGCACCUCAGAAAUGCCUCCACAAUAUUGUAGUUCUGGUCUUGUCUUUCAGUUUUGUUUCAUCUUGUCUUACAAUUCAAUGUUGAUGGAUUUCUUUCUGUGAUAGGGUUUUUUUUUUUUUAAUUUCUUCUUAUAAACUUUGUUAUACAUAUUUACAUUAUAUUUUAAUACUUUAUAUUUUAUGAGAUUAUCAUUAUCCACCAAAUGCUGUAUAUUAGGGCAGGUCCCAAUGUAUAUAAAAUAAAUUUCCUUGUUUAAUAAAUCUUAUUUAAUACACAUGCCA